UAUUUAUUUAUUUAUUUAAUUUUUUGGGGGGGACUUGACAUUUUAAAAGGAAUACCUUGGGCGUUGCAGAGGGACAAGGUUACAAGGAGGAAGACUAGUGAUGAGGCCUUGGCAAUGAUUGAUUGAUUCAGAGAUGAUGGGUCUUGGAGAAGAGCCUGCUCCUUGGGGAGCAGUGGUUAGAAUGGAAAUAUAAUUUGAUGGGAGACCCAACACAAUGUGCUGAUGGAUGGGAUAUAGAGAGUGGGAGAAAGAGAAGUCAUUGGUGACUCCACAAUCUUUGGUUUAAAUAACUGGAUGAAGGAAGUUGGCCUUUACCAACACAGAAAAUAUAGUAAAUUUAGGGUCAGGCUUGGGGAAUAAGACCAAGAAAUCAGUUUUAGGCAUUGCUAUGGUAUGACUGUGUCCCCUCCAAAAUUCAGGUGCUGCCAAUGUGAUGGUAUUAAGAGGUGGGGCCUUGAAGAUGUAAUUAGGCCAUGAGGGCUCCACCCUCAUGAAUGGGAUUAGGUGUUUUUAUAAAAGGGCCUGAAGGAAGGAGUUGGACCUAUUGUCCUUCCACCUUGUGGGGACACUGCUCCUCCUUUCUGGAGCAUACAGCAAUGAGACAUCAUCUUGGAGGCAGCGACUAGACCCUCACCAGACCCCAACCUGCUGGUGAUUUGAUCUUAGACUUCCCAGCCUUGAGAACAAUAAGAAAUAAAUUUCUGUUCUUUAUAAGUUACCAGUCUUGGGUAUUGUGUUAUAGCAACACAAAUGGACUAAGAUGAUGUAAGCGUCCUCCUGGAUAUCUAAAUGGAGGUGCUGAGCAGGCAGGUAAGACACAGGUUUCUGGCAGAGGGAGGUCUGAGCUGUAGACACAAAGCAGGGAGGUCUGAGCUGCAGACACAAAGUCCUCAGAGUCAGUCAGGAUGAGCUCUACUAGGAAAUGACUUUGGAUGAGUAAAAGAAGUUGAGAAGAUGAGGAGGAUUCAGGAAAAGAGACUAUGAGGGAAGCAUCAGUGAGGAGGAGAAAAAUCAAGAUAGCAUAUUGCUCCUGGAGGCAAGAGAGAGUGACAUGGAAGUGAAGAAUGAAAUGCCAAUGAAAGUGACAACUGUAUGGAACACUGCUGACUGGUUAUGAGUGAAAACUGAUCACUGGAAGGAAGGUGACUUUGACACAAGCUGUUUUUGGUGAAGUGCUGGGAUCCAAGCCUACCUGAGAUGGGGUCAAGGGAGAAGUGCAAGUGGCUGCAUUGGCACUUCUCCAGUAUGAAGGCAGACUGGAGACUGAACUCUCCAGGAGAAACAGAAUGUGAACUGUACGAGCAAAUUGAAAUUUUCUACAGACCCAUUAAAAGAGUAAAAGGACACUUUUAAAGGUGAAAUUACAUUUCAAUAAUAUAUAUUUAACAUAAUAUAAAAUAUAAUCAUUAUAGUACGUGAUCAAUGUAAAAAAUAUUCAGAUGUUUUAUAUACUAAGUCUGCAAAGUCUGCUGUGCACUUUAAACUUGGAUUACAUUAUUUCUGACUUGCCGUAUUUUAAAUACUCCAUAGUCAAAUGUGGCCAGUGGCUACAAGUACUGGCCAGCACAGGUCUAGACAACACCACUUUGGAAGAAUUUUGCAGUAAGGGAGAACAGAGAAACGGGGGCACCCACCACUGUCACCCUCAAUACAGCUUGGUGAGGCAGAUAUUAACACCACAUCCCAGGGUCAGAUGCUGCUGGCUAGAACCUGGUGUGACAUGGACACACAACAUGGGAUGGUAACACCCCUACCCAUCUGACAAACACGGCCUAUGUUGGGAGUGACUUGCAGCCAGCUCUCCAGCAACUGGCUGAAGGCUCUAAGACAUUAAUAUUAGCUGAGGUUGGAGUUUAUGGUGGCAGAUCUUUGGGGCCAUGUCAUUAGGUUACUGGUCACUCCAAGAGUCCUUGGGGUGCACCAGCCAAUCCCAGCUCAUCCUGACCACAUGGCCCACCCCAUAUGAUCCUCCUAGUAUCCUUCAUAGCCAUACUGGAAGCAUAUGGCAGAAGCUAUCCCACCAAACUCUUGUUUUUAGGAUUGUAAAAUGUCAUGUGAAGGCAAUAAAGGGAUGAAAAAAAGCUAUUCAAUGUCUUUAAAAUUGUUCCCAAGGUAGGACUUCAUGAAUUCUGUCUUCAUCUUUCGAGAGCUGGAUCUGUUUUCUCAUGGUUAUGUACAUGAGUUUCUUCUGAUUCUGUUACAUUCAACCCCAAAUGAAAAUAAUUAAUGGCUGGCUUUACUGGGUGCUGGGCGUGCAACGCGAGGCCUCCGAUGGCGAGGUCCGACGAGGCUACCACAAGGUGUCCCUGCAGGUACACCUGGACCGGGUGGGCAAGGGCGACAAGAAGGACGCCACCCGCUGCUUCCAGAUCCUGGAAAAAGUCUAUUCCAUUCUCGGUGACAGAGAACAGAGAGCAGUGUAUGAUGAGCAGGGAACGGUGGACGAGGACUCUCCUGUGCUCAUCCAAGAUCAAGACUGGGAGGCGUAUUGGCGGCUACUCUUUAAAAAGAUAUCUUUAGAGGACAUUCAAGUUUUUGAAAAGACAUACAAAGGUUUGGAAGAAGAGCUGGCUGAUAUUAAGCAGGCCUAUCUGGACUUCAAGGGUGACAUGGAUCAUCAGAUCAUGGAGUCUGUGCUUUGCGUGCAGUACACAGAGGAACCCAGGAUAAGGAUUAUCAUUCAGCAAGCUAUUGACGCCGGAGAGGUCCCAUCCUACAAUGCCUUUGUCAAAGAAUCGACACAAAAGAUGAAUGCAAAGAAAAGGAGGGCUCAGGAAGAGGCCAAAGAAGCAGAAAUGAGCAGAAAGGAGUUGGGGCUUGAUAAAGGCGUGGAUAGCCUGAAGGCAGCCAUUCAGAGCAGACAAAAGGAUUGGCAAAAGGAAAUGGACAAUUUUCUGGCUCAGAUGGAAGCAAAGUACUGCAAAUCUUCCAAAGGAGGAGGGAAAAAAUCUGCUCUCAAGAAAAAAAAGAAAUAAUGGAAUUUUUCUCUUCAAAGGUCCUUAGGUGUAAAUUGAUGCCAUUGUAAGCAAGGUGCAGGCAAGAUUUGAAGGCAAAAAGCAAUUCAACUCUUGAGAAAAGGUGUCUUUCCAGCCUGAAUUUUUCAGAUUGACUAGACCAAGCAGAAUCUCUCAACCUGAUCUUAGUAUUUCCUAGAAAGCACUUGACAUUGUGUGAGGUCUCACCUGAAGGAACUUGGUGGUGACAGUUGGGAGGGUGGAGGGAGGCAGUGUCCUUCCUGACAGCACUUGCCUCCAUGGAUCUCCUGUACACAGCACUCUUAUCUAGGAUGUGGUUCUGUUCAUGCCGCUUUCUGUGAUGUGCGUGUCUGUUAGAAUAGGCUCUCUACCCAGCUAGAACACCUUCCAGACACUUGCUGGACAGCUAUCUUCCACAUACUUCCCAGUUUACAUUUGGUCUUAAUGAUCUUGAAUAGAUCCUCUCUUCAUUUUACUUAGCCAGGUUUUGUACUGAUGUACAGGUGUUAAAUUACUUCAAGAAUUUUUGUAAGAUUUGUAUAUGAUUAAAUAAAAAAGGUAAAACAUGAUGAUUAAAAAAAUAAUAAUAAUUAAUGGCUGGGCGUUGUGGCUCAUGCCUGUAAUCCCAGCACUUUGGGAGGCCCAUGCGGGUGGAUCAGCUAAGGUCAGGAGUUCGAGACCAGCCCGACUAACAUGGUGAAAUCCUGUCACUACUAAAAACACGAAAAUUAGCCGGGCGUGGUGGUGCAUGCCUGUAAUCCCAGCUACUCAGGAGGCAGGAGAAUCGCUUGAACCUGGGAGACGGAGGUUGAGGUGAGCCGAGGUCACGCCACUGCACUCCAGCAUGGGCAACAGGAGCGAAACUGCAUCUCAAUAAUAAUAAUAGUAACCCAACCAGAGUAUUUUGAAAGUAGGCAAUUCACAGUAGAAUAUUACAAAACAUAGUCUUAGGGCAUAUUCAAAAUGUUACUGCUUCUCGAUUCCUCCUAAUCACAUCUGCUGAGAAUGAUACACCCAGAGUUGAUCGAAUCAGGCUGAGGCUCCUGGCACACGAGUCCCAGCACAGAGGUGAAACGGAGCGGAGUCUAAGGUCUCAUGUUCAUUGUUGGCUUGUCCCAGGGCCAGCUUCUCAACCCCUUGAUGGUUGGUUUCUCAUCUACCUUACAGGACUGUUUGGGAAAUUUAAAUGCAGUGAGGUGUAGGAAGCAACUUUGGAAACUGGAGAGUGUUGAACACAUUUUCAAAUGUGAUGCCUUCACAAACCAUGUGGGGCUGGAGAGAAGGCAAGAGUGCCUUGUAUUCAUGAAGAACUCAUAUGAUUCCCAAAGUCCUUUUCCCAACAUCUCAUCUGGGCCCCAAGGAGUAUUCAUCAGGGCAGGUAUUGUCACUAUGUGAUGGAUGAGAAGAAUGAGACCCACGAAGACUGAGGCCAUGCAUGUAGUCAGGGGCAGAAAUGAGUCUAGGAGGCCUGCUCCCUGUGCAGUAGUACUCUCUUCACUUUGCCCAAUGGCCACAGUAUCAUUUGCCAUCAUGGUUAGAUAUGGACUUAUAGAAAGAGAAGAGCACUUUGGCUCCAGUCCCCUCUUGGUCACUACCUGACUGUGAUAUUUGGACAACUGACAUAUUCUCUGAGCACCAGUUUCUUCAUCUAUAAAAAGAGAGAUGAUAAUAAUGCCUCUAUGGUGGAUACUCAUUCAGUUCCUGGAAGCAAUGUUCAGAUUUUGUCCUGGAAAAUCACAUCUUCAACCCCCAUCCAUGUCCAUGCAUUUCAAGAGACCUUGUUUCCCUACCUGACUCCAAAAACUGGCCUGUGGCUCAGGCCAAUCAAACUACUGAACUAACAAGCCUCAAAGAGAUGCAUCAGCCACAGCUGUCCUGGCAAGAGGCCUCACCUCCCCCUGCUGGAAGGAUAUGGACCUGAGGCUGCCGGGACCAACCACCACACAUAAGCUGAGAGUGAAGCCAACACAGUGGAAUCUGGAGCCAAAGAUGGUGAGAAAUGGAGUCUUAAUGAUAUUCUUUGUGUCUCCGAUCAAGCUGUACCUAAAGCCUGGACUUUUCAGGGGCAUGAGACAAAAACCUUCCUUUUUUUGCUAAGCUGCUUUGAG